AAGACUUCUGGUGUAUAACAAUUGCACCCUUCCAGACAGAUUUACAGGAACAAUUCCAUUGUGCAACAUUUAUGUUGGGACAUUUUUCUAAGAAUAAACUCUAGCUGUGGAGAGAUUGCUAUUUUGAUUCUGUGCACCUAAAUCUGGAAAUUUCUGGAGCUAUAAAUAUGGAUGAUAGGGAGACCCAACAGGAAAGCCAGGAAGAGAUGAAUGAAAGUGAGGCCUCAGACAGGGAGGCCUCAGAUAAAGAAUCGGAGGAAAUUCCGGAGAAAAUCAUCAUUGAUAGUGGCAACACCAGUGGACGAAGCUCUGCAGCCAUAGAAAUCAGUGCAGAGGACAUGGAAAAUGGGAAAGACUUUGACAAUGAAAAAGAAGAGGACAGUUCUUCAGUGACAAGACAGAAUGAAAGUGCAUAUAGGUCACCAAUAACUAGCCUUCAACCUGAGCCGAAUGAAUACGAAGAUGAUUUUGAGAAUGAUUCGUUGAGUGAAGAGGGUAGUGAUACUGGAAGGAGGCAAAUGGCAGAAAGUGAUGAUGAUCAAGAUGAAGACAAUAUUGGCAGUGUAAGUGAUGGUGAAGAUCAGGACUUUACAGGCGUGAAUCUCCAGAAUGGUCACUUCAUCUUGCGGGACACGGAACGAGCUCCUAGCUCCAGCACCGACGAGCUGAUGGCUGGAUACAGGGAGGGGGGCUCAGUGGUCAGUGACAGGUUCUCCGACUUCAGCACACAGUACAACAUCCAGCCCCACCCUACUCAACCAGACUCGAAUCCUUCGCCCUCAAGAGGAUCCAAGUUUGACCGUCUGAGAUCUGCCUACACCCGUCCAAUGAAGCAACGGCCUCCAGCUCACUUGCCCCCACAGGUUGAAAGGUCAAGGCCAUCCUAUGGUUAUUACAUGGAUUCUGAUGAAUUAGAGAGAUUAGAAGACUCGCUGCGAGACGAUAUCACGGUCCUUGGUGAGGACAACCAGCCCGCCAAGCUCCCCGCCCGUGUCAGGGAAAUCAUCACCAAGCACCUGCAGGAGGACGAAGACUACACCCCACCCACCAUGUCCACCACCCCCACGGUGGGUCAACUCCAGGAGGAGAACAGGCUCCUUGCCACCGAGCUCAACCGAGUCGAGGACCUGUUGGCAGCGAGUCGAGCUGAGCGAGAUGAGCUCGGGAUCAAGUACAACGCUAUCAGUGACAAGUUAGAACAGUCUUUGAGAGGACAAGGAGGUGAAUCACUAGAGGCCCCCUCCAAAAACCUUGUCCAACAGAACAUCGAGCUCAGACGCAAGCUCGAGGACGAGCACGCAAGCUACAAGCGCAAACUACAAGCUUAUCAAGACGGACAGCAGCGACAAGCUCAGCUUGUUCAGAAGCUACAAGCUAAGCUUUUGCAAUACAAGAAAAAAUGUACAGACUUGGAAGAUGCUAUGCGCAACAAAGAUUUUCAUUACCAAUUCGCCAACCAGAAGCUUCAAUCAACAGAGGAGUCAUACAAAAAGAGUUUGGAAGCCUCCGAGAGCCGCAACAUGGACUUGGAGAACACGCUGAUAAAGCUGGAGGAGGAACAGCAGAGGAGUGCCAGUCUGGCCCAUGUGAAUGCCAUGCUGAGGGAACAGCUGGAUCAGGCGACCGCCGCCAACCAGUCCUUGACCUCUGACAUCCACAAACUGACCCAGGAUUGGCAGGCUGCCAGGGAAGAGCUCGACAUCAAGGAACGAGAGUGGCGCGAUGAGGAACAGUCCUUUAAUGAGUACUUCAGUGCUGAGCACGGUCGACUUCUGGCUCUCUGGAGACAGGUCGUGGCCUUCCGUCGUUCUUUCGGGGAUCUGAAGACGGCAACGGAGCGCGACUUGUCCCAUGUGAGGAAUGACGUGACCCGUGCCUCCAGAAGCAUGCACUCUGCCUGCCUUAAUCUGGCCGCCAACGUCAGAAACUCGGACACUCAGUCCCAGGUUUUGUUGGAUCGUGAACGUUCAGACAGGGCAGCCAUUGACAACCAGCUGAGAGAGAAGAACCGUGAAAUUUCUGAACUCCAGUCUCGUUAUGAUGCUCACAGCUACGAACUGAACGCCAAGGUAAAUGAACUGACCAUGAUGAACGAGAAACUGAAGAUACAGCUGGAGGAGAGAGACAAAUCCAUCAACACUCUGCAGCGCCAGAUCAACAACCUGGAGACCAGACUUGGAGAAAGAACCAGCUACGACCUUCCUGAGACAGACACAGCUAGACAGAUCCGAGGCGAGACCGAGGCUCUUCAUGAUGCCCUCCGUAACAUCGCCGAGGCUGUCAUUAAUGACGCUGACGAGUUUGAUGGCGAGGAAGGCCGAAGAUCUAUCUCUCCAUCCAGGGCACGAUCCAUCUCUCCAUCUGCCCGGGCACGCUCUCCAAUGCUCAGGGAUAGAUCUAAGUCUCCCAUGGCUAGGUCCAGGUCCCCAGCACUGGCUGAUGCCACAUUCUCUGCUGUCCAGGCAGCUCUUAACAAGCGCCAACUUCAGCUGUCCGAGGCCCGGGCCAAACUGAGGGCGAGCCAGGACCAUAACGCUGCCAUCAGGAAGCAGAUGGAUGACCUGGACAAUGAGCGAAGGCGCAUGGAGUUACAGAUUCUGCAGCUGAAGGAGGAUGUAGACAUUCUGAGAAGAGAGAGAGAGGAUACAUCCAGAGACCGUGACAGGGUGAAGAACGCGCUGAGCCUUACAGGAACUGAGAAAUCUCAGCUGGAGAAGAUCAGGAACGAGCUGAAUGAGCAGAUCGAGAUGAUGCAGCAGGAGAAUGAGAAACUCCAGGCGGCGAACACGGAUCUCCAGAGACAGAGGGACCAACUGGAGGACGAGAAAGACGACGUCACCAAGGACAAAGAGCGACAGGUCAAGGAGAACGACAGAUGCCACAGAGUAAUCGACCAGCUGGAACACAAGAAUAGCACCAUCAAGGAGGAACUGGUCUCCACAAAGGAGGCCCUCAAUAGAGCUCUCCUGGACAAGGAGGUGCUGGAGCAACAGAAGUCCGAAGUCAGUGAUGCUCUGUCAAAGGCUGAGCUUCAGAAGGCUGAGUUGGAGCUGGAGAUCAACAAGGCUAAGACAGAGGAGGCCACCCUGAAGGACGCCCUGCUGAAGAUGCAGGCCAUGAAUGAGGGUCUGGGCCAGGACAAGGUCGAGCUGAACAAAAUCAUCAUGCAGAUGGAGGCUGAGCAGGCCAGUCUGACUGGAGAGAAGGACGCUCUCGAGAUGGAGAAGACCGGCAUCAAGGAGGAACUGGUCCGCGUGGAGCAGGAGAAGAUGGACCUCGACACAGAGAAGAUGGGCUUGAACCAGACUCUGGAGUUGAGUGAGAUGACACGCCAGCAGCUGGAGGAAGAGAUCCAGGCCCUGAACCGUGAGAAGGGAGACAUCCAGGAACAACUGUCUUCUGUUUCCCGCCAGAAACAGGCUCUCGCUGAGGAGCUGUUGCAGGCUCGCCGGGAAGUAGAGAGACAGAACCAAAACUAUGUCAAGGUCGCCAAGGAGAAGGAGAUGCUGACCCAGGACAAAGGAGAACUCAUUGUCCAGGUCACCGCCACAGAGCGUGAGAAUCGACAGCAGAGUGAGGUAAUUUCAUCCCUUCGCAGCGAGAAGGACAGCUUGGAGAGCGCCCUCUAUGAGUCUCAGCAGUCUGAGAGUCAGCUCAAUGUCAGGAAGGAGCAGCUCGAGGGAGAGAACCAGGAACUGAUCCUCAGGAAAGAAAACCUGCAGAGUGAGAUCAACCGUCUCAUUAAGGAGAAGGAGGCUGACCUGGAGAAGUUUGAGCGCAUUAAGGAGGACUUACAGAGACGUUUGGCUCAACUCGAGCGAGACAUGUCUCUGGCCCUCACCCAGGAGAAACAGGCUCAUGAAGAUGAUGUGGAGAGACUUGUGAAAGAGAGGGAGCAGCAGCGUCACGAGUUUGAGACAGAGCGAGAUGAGAAUGUGCACCAGAAUGCCAUGGAGAAGGAGGAGUUGUUGAACCGUUUCGACCGAGAGCGAGAGGAUCUCCAGGAGGAACUGGCCAAUCUGCAGCGAGAGCGAGACAACCAGCUCCUGAUGGCUGAGAACGACAAGCAACAGACCAUGUCUCUUCUGGAACAAGAGAAGAGCACUCUGGCUGAGAAGAACAACACUCUGACAAUGGAGCUCGCCAAUAUCAAUGUAGAAUACGAGCGUCUGAAGCGCGAGUACCUCGCUCGCCAGGAGCAGGACAAGAACAACAUGAACGCACUCAACCAGGAGCUCAGGAACCUCCGAGGACAGUUUGAGGACACCUGCAUGAACCAUCAGAAGGAGAUCAAGGAUCUGACCAAUCAGAUCAGAGAUCUGGAAAGACAGAGAGAGGCUGCUUUGAGAGAGGUUGCUGAUCUCAAGACUCAGCUCAAGCUCGUUGAGGAAGCUCGGGAUAAUGUCCGCCGAGACCUGAUUGAUUCCAACAGGAAAGUCAGAGAAGAGGAGGAAAUGUUGGAGCUGAUGAGGAAAGACAUGGUGGAACUGAAGAGAAACCUGAAUGACGAGGUCAGAGAGAAGGAGCUGUUCUCCAAGAUUAAUGAUGAGCUGAGGGGCACCAUCAAAAAGAAUGAGGGAGAGAAAACCGAGCUCAACAGGGACCUUUGUGAUCAUAGACAAAGGUGUAGCAUUUUGGAGGAGCAGAAGGCAAAUGUUCAGAAGGAGGCUGCUGACCUGAGAGCCAGUCUGCGUGAGGUGGAGAAGGCACGACUGGAGGCAAGACGCGAGCUGCAGGACCUGAGACGUCAGGUCAAGAUGCUGGAUGGCGAGAGAUCCAAGCUUGGCAAGGAAGUAAAUGAUCUACAGGCACGUGUUGCCAAGGAUGAGGAGAAAGAGGAGGAAGGCAGACGACAUGCUUUUGAUCUCAAGCAGAAGGUGGUUGAGACUGAAGCUAGCCGUGAAGCUGUGCGUAAAGAACUCGCCAAUCUUCAGCGCAAGAUGGGUGAAUUGAUCGACGAAUCCCGACUGAAAGAGAAGGACUACCAGAUGGCGCUAGAAGACAGCCGCAGGGCUGAGAGAAAGUUGGAGGAUCAGCGUCGUAACUUGGAAAUUAAUCUGGAGAACACCAACGCUGAGGCUGCUGAACUGAAGCUGAGGCUGAGCGGAACAGAGGGAAGAGUUAAUGCCCUUGAGGCUCAGCUUGCCAGGAUAGAGGGAGCUAAACAAGAUGUUGAGUUUAAACUGAGCAGCAUUGUGUCCAGUCUGAAGAGAACUAUUGGGUUCAGACAGGAAAUGCCACGAGCCAGAAGUCCCGUCAGAUCCCGCAGUCAGAGUCCCAGGAGAUCCCGACCUAACUCCCCAUCUAAAGGAUUUGAGAACACAUAUGCCACCACCACUGAGGGUCGUGGAAGCCCCAUCCCCAGGACUGGUUCUCCUGAGAGAAGUGGUAGCCCUCACCGCAUGUCUCGCGGUGCAUCACCGAUCAGGUUUGACAGGACUGGAGAAGUUAACGCUCUUGAUGUAGACCCAGAGGCAGUCCGAAUGGCCCUCAGAGAUUUCGUACAACAGCUUGCUGGAGCAGAGCGAGAAAGGGAUGAUGCUCUGGCCAAUGUUCGCAGCAUGGCCAUCCAGCUGAAGGAGCUGGAGGAAGAGAAGGACAGGACCGAGAGGAGACACCAGAUCCUCCAGAAGUCCCUCGGUGAUGUGGAAGAAGACAAGAGGGGAAUUGACAGCCGCCUUGCCAGCGCUCAGACUGCGCUUAUGCUGCAAGAGGAAACCAUCCGCAGAAAUGAGAGAGAACGUAAAGUCAUGACUGACAAGAUCAACAGCCUGGAGAGGAGUCUGGCUGCAGCAGACACAGAAAAGAGGCAGCAGGAGGAGAAGAUUGCCAAGCUGAAGGCCAAUGAGAUGCGCAAUGACGAGAAUAGGAAGGCCCUUAAGAUGGCCCUGGAUGAAGCAGAGAACCGCUGCACUAAACUGGAACUUGGGAGACGGUCCCUUGACGGAGACCUCCAGAGAUUCAAGCUGGUCAUGAAUGACAAGGAGACCGAGAACCAGGUCUUACAAGAUCGCAUUGAGGCCCUAAACAAACAGAUCCAGGGUCUUGAGUCCAAGUCUCAGUCCCUCCAGCUGACCAUUGACCGCUUGUCCACCAACCUACAGAAGACGGAGGAGGAGGAAUCCAACCAGAAGGAGCGUGUGCAGUCCCUCAAUCUGACCCUGUCCGACAACCAGGCCAUCAUUAACGAGCUCCAGGACCGCAUCAGCCAGCUCCAGAAGGGACUCACCAGCAGUGAGCACGAUCGCCGAGUCCUGCAGGAGAGGCUUGACUCCACCAGACAAGCCCUGAAUGAAGCUAAGAAACAGAAUCAUGGUUUAUUGGAGCGUGUCCAGGGACUUCAGAAUGAGGUUGCCGAUAGCGACGUCCGUCGCGCUGAAUUGGAGGGUCAGCUCCGUCAAUCCCACACAAUGUUGGUGCAGAGACAAGAGAGAGAGCAGGACCUUAACCAAAACAUUCAGAAGAUCAGCUCAGAGAAACAGCUGUUGCACGAGCGAGUCCAGGAACUGUCUCGACAGAUGGCCAAUCUCGAGACCGAGAAAUCUGAGAUGGAGCGCUCUUCUGCCAGACUGGAGAAAGACAAGUCUGCCCUGAAGAAGACGUUGGACAAAGUUGAGAGAGAAAAGCUUCGUACUGAGGAGAUCGCCAGUAAGUCGGUCCUGGAGAAAGGUAACCUUGACCGCACCUUGAACCGUCUGGAGGACGACAACACAGAUCUCCAGAAACAGGUCCAGCAACUCCAGGCGCAGCUUGCUGAGGCGGAACAACAGCAUGCCCAGAGGUUGAUUGAUCUGACCACAAGACACAGAGCCGAGACAGAGAUGGAGACUGAGAGACUGAGAUCAGCUCAAACUCAGGCUGAGAGAAUGCUGGAAACUCGUGAGCGUGCUCACCGAGCUAAGGUCAAGGGACUGGAAGAAACAGUUGCCACACUGAAGGAUCAGCUUGCCACCGAGAUGAGGAAGAGACAGCAGUACAUCUCACGAAGCGCCCGCACUGGGGAUGAAAUCCGAGACAUCCGCGGUGUCUUGGAUAACUCCCUGACCAACGUCAUGCGGGAUCAAUCUCUGGAUCCGCUGCUUCUGGAAACAGAGACCAGGAAACUGGACGAUUCCAUGAACUUCGAACGCAGUUAUCCGAGCCAGUCCGCCCCUCGCCGUAGGUUGAGUCCUGGGCGGGAUUACAGAAGAUACGGCGGACUAACAUCCACCCCCAACGUCCGCCGUAGCAUGAGUCCGCUAUCCCUCCGAAAGAAACUCCAGAAAUAACUGCCUAUUUAACAGAUAUCACUUGUGUAGAUAUAACAGACUAUAUUUAUUUUUGUAACAUCUUGCUUUGAAAUCUAUGCAAGAACGAACAUUUCAUGUUGGAAAGAAAGGGGAAAAUUGAUGAUUAGAAGUUUGUGUGAAUCUUUCAUUCCAUUUUUAUGAGAGAAAAAAAUAAGACAUUCCAGCAUUAAGAGCAUGGCAGCAGUCUUGUGGCUGAAAGAAAAUCAAAUGUAUAGAUAGGUAUAUAAUUUAGGUUUUUAUAUUUAUGAUUUUGAGUCACAAUAGUGAUGAGGAUUCACUGUAUUAAUCAUAGCAUCUGGGUGUUUCUGUGAAAAAAUUGAAAUGGGAAAAGGUUUUAUAUGGAAGAAUUUCUUGUUAUUCCAGAGUUGAUUUUUUUUAUGUUGUGUGUCUUUAGGAAUAUUAUAUAUCCAUCAGUAUUAUGUUACUAUGUAGGCUGUCUUUGUUAAUUAAUCAUGAACACAGUGCUGUGAUAUGACGACCAAUUUGAAUUCUUUUUUUUUUAGAGAUUCAUUUUGGUUAUUUUUAUUGCAUAUUCCGUCCAUGGAACUGACUUAGCGUUAAAAAAAAGCAAGGAUCUUUUUUUCGGAGCUGGUCCCAGUAUGAGAAUUAAUUAUCAGAAUUAACGUUGGUAAUUUGAUAUUAAAAGAUUUUUUCGCCAAUCAGUGAUAUUUUAAUUAGAAUAUAUUUUCAAGAUGCUGCUUUUUUCAGUCAGUUAUGCAUUAUGAUAAAUGAAAUCCAUCUUGGGCCGGUUCGUUUCAAAGAGCGAAAAGAUGCUGUAGGUAUUUAGUUAUAUUAUUUAUUGAUGUUACUUGAUUAGAAUUAGUUGAUGAUAUAUUACCAUUAUACUAGAAGUUUUUUUUUGGCUUUUUGUCCCAGCACAUCAAGUUACUAGUAUGGUAACAGUAGAAAAAGGUCCACCGAUUAUUCUAUUUUACCAAAUAUUGUUUUGUAUUUGUUGUGAAUUCUUCAUUUUUUUGAAUUAUUGUAUGAUUUUUAUCUUGAUUCAAAAGUUUUACCUGAUUUUAUUUUAAUUCAUUUUCUGUGAUAAAGCAAUGAAUUUCUUUAAUCUAUUUUUAUGUUUACAUGAUUAGGCAAUGAACAAAUUGUGAUGAACUCUGACUCUGAGUCAGAGUUGUACUAAGUCAAUUCAUUUCGUCCAAUUUUAUCUGAAUUUUAUUUUUUAGAUUUUUUUUUUCUCCUUGCAGCAAGUUUGUUUUGUUUUGAUGUUGAUUUUUGCUAUCUCUUUCUUUCUCUCAUCGUGUUUUGUACAUCUGUUCACUUUUUUAUCUUUAUUUCUUCACAGCAGAGAGCAAUGAUUAAAGUGUGCAUACAUAUA